CUCAGUGAACCCAACUUCUCACUGACGAUCAUCGAAUCAAAAUCACUCCUUAUUCUUCUUCUUUUCCGACCCUCAGCAACCUCAACUCGCUUUCUUUCAUCUCAAUCGAGGGCAAUAGCCAGAAGCCAGAAACUCACCGUUCUUCUUGACGGAGAUCGUCGAAUAUUACGUGUUUCGGCGUCUAUUUCCUAGUUGCAGCUACUAAUUCUGUUUCCUCUUCUAUCAUAGAAUUUCAGAGGUAAAGGUGUGUUAAGUUGAUCUUUCAUACGUUUUGCUGGGUACUAUUAGGUAGCCAACAGUUAUGGCAACUCUGAAAGACCUUCUUCCUGCUGUAAAGUCAGCAACUGUGACACACUAUGAUCACUCAAAUGAUCCAUGGUUCAAGCAGCGGUUUAGUUCAUCAGAAGCAGAGCAAACUUCUGUUGUUAAGGCCAAUCCCGUGCCGCCUUACUUGAAGCGUAGUGGCUUUGUUCCACGGAGAGUAGAAGAUUUUGGAGAUGGUGGUGCUUUCCCAGAGAUUCACAUUGCUCAAUACCCACUUGACAUGGGUAGAGACAAAUCAUCAAAGCCUGGAUCGAAGAUCCUUCCUGUUACGGUGGAUGCUCAUGGAAAUGUUGCAUAUGAUGCUAUUGUCAAACAGAAUGAAAAUUCUAAAAAGAUCGUUUAUUCACAACACAAAGACCUCAUUCCAAAGAUCUUGAAAAAUGAUGAAGAGAGUGAUGAAGGUGAAGAUCUGCAGAAAGAGAUUGAAGAAACAACCGAGGAAACAAAGUCUGCACUUGAAAAGAUAGUGAAUGUAAGAUUGAGUGCAGCUCAGCCUAAAAAUGUAGCCAAGCAAUCUUCAGAUUCAAAAUUCAUCAAGUAUAAACCAUCUCAGCAAUCAGCAGCUUUUAAUUCAGGCGCCAAGGAGAGAAUCAUUAGAAUGGUGGAAAUGCCCGUCGAUCCACUUGAGCCUCCAAAGUUCAAGCAUAAGCGUGUUCCUAAAGCUUCUGGGUCCCCCCCUGUGCCUGUCAUGCAUUCCCCUCCUCGUCCUGUCACCGUGAAGGAUCAACAGGAUUGGAAGAUACCGCCCUGUAUUUCAAAUUGGAAGAAUCCAAAAGGUUACACAAUUCCACUUGACAAGCGCCUUGCAGCCGAUGGAAGAGGUCUUCAAGAAGUGCAAAUCAACGAUAAUUUUGCAAAGCUAUCCGAAGCUUUGUAUGUUGCUGAACAGAAAGCUAGAGAAGCAGUUGCAAUGAGAUCUAAGGUUCAGAAAGAAAUGCUUAUGAAGCAAAAGGAGAAGAAGGAGUUGGAGCUUCGAGCCUUAGCUCAAAAGGCUCGGUCUGAGAGAACUGGUGCUGCGCCUCCUUCUGCAGUUCAUUAUUCAUCUGAGAGGAGCACUGUUGAUAGAGAUACUUCUGAGAUAAGCGGGGAGUUCGAGCGUGUUAGAGAAAAAGAGAAGGAUUUACCAAAGGAAUCAAAGGAAGAAAGGGAAGAGCGGUUGCAGCGUGAGAAGAUUCGUGAGGAACGACGUCGAGAGAGGGAAAGGGAAAGAAGGUUGGAGGCGAAAGAUGCAGCAAUGGGGAAGAAGAGCAAGAUUACAAGAGAUAGAGAUCGCGAUAUUAGUGAGAAGGUUGCACUUGGUAUGGCUUCUACUGGAACAGGUAGAGAAGGAGAAGUUAUGUAUGAUCAAAGGCUAUUUAACCAAGAUAAAGGAAUGGACUCGGGAUUUGCCAACGACGACCAGUACAAUAUAUACGACAAGGGUUUAUUUACUGCUCAACCCACUCUCUCAACCCUUUACAAACCUAAAAAGGAUGCCGAUUCCGACAUGUAUGGAGGCGCAGAUGAACAGUUAGACAAGAUUACGAAAACCGAUCGCUUCAAACCAGACAAGUCAUUCUCAGGCACUGCAGAAAGGUCUGGACCUAGAGACAGACCGGUUGAGUUUGAAAGAGAAGUUGAAGAAGCCGAUCCAUUUGGACUCGAUCAGUUCUUGACUGAAGUGAAGAAAGGUAAGAAAGCUAUGGAUAAAGUUGGCAGUGGUGGGACGAUGAGAGCCAGUGGUGGCUCAUCGAUGCGAGAUGGCUACGAUGGUGGCUCCGGUAGAACUCGCAUUGGAUUUGAGAAAGGACAUUAGGAGGUACAAAUCCAAUCAGUUUUAUCGUAUCUGAAUUGUAUUACGAGUUGGUUUCUUUAAUUUUCAAGUGGCAACCCAAAACUGUGGAAAACUUGGCAUUCCGAUCAGGAGGAUACUUUCUCGGAGAAAAUUGUGCCAAAUUUUCCACAUAUUUUAGAUGCCUUCAGGGGACAGUUCGUUAUAUUGAGUAUCGAUCAGUUCUUGAUUCUUCAAUGACGAAUUGGAUCAACAGAGAAACAACUUCAACCUGUACACGAAGGAAGAAGACAUGAAGCAGAUUGGGGUGAUCUUUAUUCUCUUUGUAUUGCUCUUUAUUGACGAAAAUCCUUUUGUUUUUAGCAAAGUAACGAAGCAAAGAAACGAUCGAUGAUUGUCACAACCCAUCCCCUAUCACACAGUUAUAAAAUUAAUAAACCAGGAGAUCAACGGCGAAGAUGUAGCCAGGUACAAUGGUAGGUUCAACAGGCCACCAAUUAUCAAUAUAAAUGCCCAAACUGAUUUGAUAUUGUGCAUCAUGAAGAAGAGCUCUCAAUCUUUCUUUUCUUUUCUUUUUCUUUGAGCAUAAAUAUGCAUAAAGAAUAUCAUGUUUAAGAGAUGAGAAUGACCGAUGUAAAUUCUACAAUGUACACGUGAAAAGAAAAUAAUAGAAAAGAAAAGAAUAGGACAAAGGGUAAGAUAAAAGCAUAUAAUCUUUGAAGAAAUGAAAUUUACUUCAAAAUUUUGAAAUUCCAA